AAUAACUCUCGCGAAGACUCGUACAGGGUUUGUUUGGGAGUGUGAGAAAUUUAGUCCAGAUCAUUUAUUUUUUGCACGAGGUAACCGUGUUCAGAAUUGUUUCUGAUGAUCAUAACUAAUUGCCGAGCGCUUUGUUCUGAUAGUGAAUCAACAUACAUUCUUUCACCCGGCCUUCUUUCAUUUUCCCGACAGUACAUUAAUCAAUGCUUAAACUGUGUAAAACCUAAAGAAAAUGGUGGAAAGUGACGAAACCGUGACUAUUACAGACACCACCGAGUUACUCGGAGAUGUCGCAUCUCUUUACCUCAACCAGAAAUUUUCUGAUAUUACGUUGCUCGUCGAUGACCAAAAAGUAUAUGCUCACAAGGUGAUUCUGGCCGCGAGGAGUAAAUACUUCGAGUCUAUACUUUACGAAGAUCCGCAAAACACAAACCAAACCGAAAUAACAAUAACCGGCAUGCCUUUUGACACAUUACGUGGCCUAUUAAAAUACAUUUAUACAGAUACCAUCGAUGUUGAUUCAGCCCGUCAGAUACUUGAAUUUGCCCAUCAACAUUCAUUAACAGACUUCCAAACUACCAUCGUUAAAAAACUAAAACCCCUUCUAAAUUUGAAAAAUAUUUGCGCCGUCCUCAACACUGCCAAUCUCUACAAUUUAGAAGAAUUGCUCGAAGCCUGCUAUUCUUUCGUGGACCUUAACACAUCCCAAGUCGUCACCAGUGACAGUUUCACCGACCUGUCCCAAAAAUCGAUUAUUAAACUUUUACAACGCAAUAGUUUUGUUGCUCCUGAAAUCGAAAUUUUCAAAAGCGUGGCUAAGUGGUGCAAAAUUAACAACGAUGUCGAUGAUUUAGUUAUACAGUGUGUUCGUUUAUCGUCGAUGACUGUCGUGGACAUCGUAACUACAGUUUGGCCUUCGAAACUAUUCAAUUCUGAAAAAUUGUUAGAGGCCAUUGCCGAGAUCGUUGGCGCCAAAACAGAAACUUCCACUUCUAGCGGGUUCUGUCUUUUGGACGAAAAUCUAGCAACUGCUGAACACAACGCUGAAGUGAUUCUUGGAAAAAAUACAUCUUGGUUGUUGACAGACAGUGGAAACACAGAAAGUAACUAUGCAUACCACGGUAUAGACGGUCAAAGUGGAAUUAUUGUGAAGCUUGGUACUCCAUUUAUUGUUAACCACUUCAAAAUGAGACUCUGGGAUGGGGAUAACCGUUCUUAUUCUUAUUACAUUUCGGUUUCUCUUGAUCAGAAGAAUUGGAGAAGAGUUAUCGACUACAGUCGUAUUAGUUGUGGUUCAGACCAGGUUCUGUUUUUUACUCAGCAGGUAGCUCAGUACAUAAAAAUUGUAGGAACGCAAAAUACAGCCAACGAAGAUUUUCACAUCAUAUCCUUCAAAGCAUAUUUCAAAAGUGGUAUGCCCACAAUUACAAAUGGCAUUAUUUGCCCCAAUUACAAUGUUGCAUCUUUAGACAAGAAAGCGAUUGUUAUUGAAGGAGAACGUCCCUCCAAGUUGUUUGACGGUUAUUUAUAUGGUUCUAGUUGCUAUCACAUAAUAGGCAGUGGAAAUAUUACAAUACAACUGGCUCAACCUUACAUGAUUUCAACAAUGAGACUUUUAUUAGAUGAUUGUAGUGGUACCAGACACUUUAGAUAUUUUGUUGAAACUUCUGUCAAUCAUUCAAAUUGGGAGAUGGCUGUUGAUCGAAGAAAUGAAGAUUGCAUAGAUUGUCAAAAUCUUCGUUUCAAAGAAAGGGCGGUAGUUUUCAUCAGGAUAACCGGAACUUACGACUCUUGGGGCGCCGGUUUUCAUGUAAAGUACUUCGAAUGUCCCUCCGAGAUGUGAUGGAAAUAACUGAAAGAUCUGGCCAUUGCUAACACGGUGCCUACAAAACGCAUGCUUUAUAUGACAAAUAAUAAAAUAAAUUUAUCAUA